UUAUUCUUUAAAGGAGAAAGAAAACUGAGAACUUUACUCUGGAUGAUUUCAGUGUAGUUACAGGACCAAAAGUGCACGACAGACGACAGAACAAACACUAUAUGUGUUAGACGCGACAUAUGAGAGGCUGCAGUGCAGUCACUUUUCUCACUUGCUGUCAGUUCUUUGUGGGUAGUUUGUCUCUUUGCAGUUGUUUAUGUGCAGCCAUUUUGUCUUUUGUAGUAUUUUUAUAUCCACCUGUGGUUGUUUCUUUGUUUGGGUUUCCAGUUUUGAAUCACUCUGUGGUCAAUUUGUUUUUUAUUUUUUGGUCUGACUGUGAUUGUUUUGUCUAAAGUUGAAUCUUUAUAGUGUUUGUGUGUCUGUAUCUCAGUCUUUUUGCAUCUCUCUCCAGUCGCUCUGCAUCUAUUUGUAGUCAUUUUGUCUCUUUGUAGUCGUUUCCUGCCCUGUGGUCAUUCUCUCUAUUAGUAUUUGUCUUGUUUUGUAAUUUGUCUCUUUGUGUUUGUUUUGCAUCUAUAAUUGUUUAGACCUUCUGUAGUCACGCUGUGUAUCUCUCUAGUCAUUCUGCAUUUAUUUCUGUCUAUUUGUUGUUUUGUGUCUCACUUUCCAACAGUCAUUUCUGUGCCCAAGCAGCAGUCCGUCCGUCCACGGUAAACCUGGGGCUGUUGUGGCCCCUGGGUGUGCGGGGCUGGUUGCGCAGCCUCGGCGCUGACUUGACUCCCCCUCCGAGGAGACUGUUCGCAGGCUCUUUGUUCUCCCACUCUCGCAGCAGGGAGACCCAUCUCUCUUCACAGUGCAGCUGCAGCCGGGCCCCCUCCUCUCUGUGCCAUCAGGCCGCGCAGGCGCACUGGCUCCUCUGUGCGCUCUACUGUUUGCAUUGUGUCUGAACUGCCGGCGAGCUUUAAAAAUAUUAUACCCACCGCGGCAAUGUCGGGCAGGUCGGUCCGAGCCGAGACCCGGAGCAGGGCGAAAGAUGACAUCAAGAGGGUUAUGGCCGCUAUUGAGAAAGUACGGAAAUGGGAGAAGAAGUGGGUGACGGUGGGAGACACGUCCCUUCGCAUCUACAAGUGGGUGCCAGUGAUGGAGCCCAAAUCAGAUGAUAAAAACAAGAACAAGAAGAAGGGCAAAGAUGAGAAAUAUGGCUCCGAGGUGACGACUCCAGAGAACAGCUCCUCUCCAGGGAUGAUGGACAUGCACGAUGACAACAGCAACCAGAGCUCGAUCGCCGAUUCAUCCCCAGUGAAACAGGAAAACAGUUGUAGCACCAGCCCCGCCCCGGAGCCCGCCGCCAUGUCUCACCGGGAGAACAGUGAGGUCAAGACGGAGCAGAGCCCGGACAGCAAGAGGGACACCUCAGAGCGAGCACAAAGUGCCAAGAGAGACGGCCUGUCGUCGGGGGACAAGGACUCCUCAGACAGCAAAGCCACUCAGGACCUGGAGGACGAGGCCCCGCCCAGCAAGAAAAGCAAACUGGAGUCCUCAUCUCAGGACUUUGAGGAAAGUUAAAUGUUUGAGUCCUUCCUCCUCCCCUCUCGUGAACCUCCCCUCCCCCCUCCCCCGUACUCCUCUCCAUUAACUCUAGAUAAUAUAGGGCUAAUGGACACACCGGCUCCACCCACAACUCCUCUUACUGCCCCACCUCCCCUUUUCUACCCAAACUUGUCAGUACCAAAGGGAGAAUGGACGUCUCCCCCUCCCUCCCCCGACACAGAGGGACGAUGGAUAUUACCUCGAUUCACUGGUCCCCUCCGUGCUUCCUUCCGGUUCUCCACACUUUCCACUGAAGCCAAGAGAAGCUCUCGACCCAGGCUGCACCUCCCCACCCACCCCACCCCCUCUGUGACCAGGGGCCCAGCCACCACCAGGCCAGACCACGAACCCUGACCUGCACCUGUGACUAAAAGAGUUAACACUGGGGAUCUGAGACCAGGCCAAGGUUGGUCCCGGGCGCUGCUCUAACGCCACCUUUUAAACGUUUUCCUGUUAACGGUUUAGCUCGGGAUCCUGAAGAAGCUAACGUGGUCUCAGAUCAGCGGCUGCACGGGGAACCUCCACCCUAAGACCACGUCACUUCAAUCCUCCCGAUUCGCCUCCUGUUAGACUAAUGUUCUCUGUUUGUUUAGGAAAUGUUUAGGGUUUAUUUCUCAGGAGGGUCAAUGCACUGUUAUGGUAUGUCACAAUCGAUCACAGAUAGAUUUGCUGCUGUAGUGGACGUCUUUUUUCUCGAUCCAUGAAAAGUUCUCCAUUUACGUGUUUUUCAAAGUCAGUUAGUUUGUGGUUCAGAGAGGAAGAAGACGACGACGGUACUGGUUGACGUAGACUCGUGGAUAAGUAGUGAUAGAUUAGUUCUGAAGGUGUGCCUUGAGUCGCUGCGACUAAAUACACGGCUAGGUCAAACAGGUUUCAAUUACAAUUUUGGUGCCAUGUUGUUUUAUUUUUUAGUUUCUGGCCAAAAACCUUCACUAAUUUUAUCCACCAUCAGUUUGAUUUCACUUCAAGGAAUAGUCCAACAUUUUGGGAAAUACCUGUUUCAUUGCUGAAGUAAAAGAAAAAACAGGUUGAUCUCACCUUUGUACAUCAAACAGCCAGGUAGCUUAGCUUAGCACAAAGACUGUAAACGGGGGGAACAGUUAGCCUGGCUCUGUCCAAAGGUAGAAACGUUCGACCACCAGCUUUAAAAGCUCACUGAUGAACAUGUGUGAUCUUAUUUAAGUAAAAGAAUAAAAAGCUGCAGGUGGAUUUAGGAUAAGGAUAAUCACCUUUAUUGGCCAAG